AGCUACAAACUCGUGUUGUUCAAAACAUUUUUCUUCAACGACAAAAAGCCAGAAUGGAGAGUUAAAAGAGCCACAGGUGACUCUGGAAUCUCAGGUUGCAGACCCCUGAAGUAAACAAAGCAAAUCUAGUUUGAAUAGUUUUGGUUCUCUGAGGAACAUCAGGCUAUUGAUGCUUUGAAUUUAACUGUUUGCAUACUCAGUUUGCAUGUGCGUGACUGAUGAUUGAUGAGUUAAGAGUCCCUGUCAGCAGAACUAGUGACACACUGAGGGGAUGGAGUUAGAGACGUUUUCUUCUGUACAUCAUCUCUGGAUCAAGGGAGGGUUUGAAUAGUUGAUUCAAGUUUUAAUUUCUACAUUGUGGUAUCACAUUAGGAGCUGCACAGUGGGGUGAUGGUUCACUGCAAAAAGGGCCUGGUUUGAAUCCCAGCUGGAUUCAUCCUGUGUGGAGUUUGCAUGUUCUCUUUGUGCAGGUGUGGGGGCUCCGGUUUCCUCCCACAGUCCAGCAACAUUUAGGCUGAUUGAUGAUUUUAAAUUGUCUCUAGGUGUGAAUGUGAGUGCGUGUGUUCACUGUGACGGACAGGCGACCUGCCCAAGUUGUACCCUGGCUUUUCACAACAGAGAAAUGCUACAGGUGGGCUUGGCAAAUGGAUGAGUGGUAACACAAUAGAGUGGUACCUUACAGAGAAAAAAUAGACUUACCCCGGUUUGUGCAUGUGUAAUUCUUGAUUUGUGUGUAACUUUGAAUUUAUAAAUGAGUAUUUCUUGAUUUGUCCAUAACUUUGGAUUCGUCUGUGCGUAAUUCUUGCAUUACAGUGUUUAUAGCCGUGGCUGAAUCGUGACACCUGUCCCCAGUGGAGCUUUUGCAGGCUGAAAAAAGUUAAGUGGUGAAAAGAAAAUACAAGGAUUAACACACUAAAAACAGCUCACUAAUUCACAGAUUUUACCUAUUACAAGUACUUUUUAAUAUAACUCCCCCUAUAAACAAGUGACCUCUUUGUAUGUAUUUUCAGAUUUUACACCACAGCUUUGAAAUGAUCUGGGUUCUGACUGGAUUUGUAUCUACACUUUUUUUUACAGUCCUCAGUACUGCAUGUGUCUCAAUCUAAUUUGUAUCAGCUUUAAGUUGGUGAAUUUAAAUUCCCCUUUUUCAUGUAAAUGAACCAUCAGAUGAUCACACAACAAAUGUAGUCACUGUGUACCCCUGGGCUCUGUACUUGGACCAAUCUUGUUCGACUGUUUUUCUUUAGGAAUUCACUCGGUAUAAUAAUAUCAGGCAGUCUGGCAUCAUUUUGGCCUAUUUGAGAUCUCAUGGAGGGAUGAAGACUUGAAUUUUACCAAUUUAAUUUUAAGAUUUAAUUAGAAUUGUUGAACAUAUGAGCUUAUCAGAAUCACAAACUGAAAACCAGCUGUAUCCACGUCACAUUCACGGCGAACCUUCAAAAGGGUACAAACGGAACAUAUAUCACAUUUUAAUUUUAUUCACCUUUAUUUUUUAUAUUUUAUUCUAUUGUCAUAUUAAUGUUUUGUUAUGCAUAAACAGAUAUAAAGUGCACGUCACAACAUGUGGCAUGUCUGAUAGUUUUAUUCAAUUAAAUCUUAAUUUAAUUUUUCUGUACUUGUCAAACAUUUUGUAACAUUAGUUUAUUAAAAGCCUUUAGGAAAAAUGAAAUAAGCACCAAAUAAUUACAUUUUAACUUAAUGCAUAAUAUUGAAAGCGUCUUCAGAUUUGUUCUUGUAUUAUAAAGAGGAGGAAAAGAUGAAAAUGAUAAUCUGAUCCACAAAAACUGUUACUUUCAGUGAUUGUACUUAGUUUCCCCUGCUAGUUUGAUCUAUUUAUUAAAUAUUUAUGAACAGAAUUAGAAAAUAUAACACACUUAUCAAUUAAAGGAAGAUAUCUGUGUUAUAAUAAAUUCCCAGAUGGUUAACUGUGACUAAAAGAUUUACUAAAAGUUUACAUGUAUAACCAGUUUAGAAGAUACGGCUGAAUGCGCCACAGACUCUGAAUCCUUUUCAAGGCAAAUUUCCUUUUUUUAACAUGUAAAUGAAGCUAGUUUGAAUUUUGAUCUCUUCCCUGUAAACAUUUACAUGAGACUGUUGUGGUUUGUCUGUAUUUUGCAUCCUCAGUUUGCAUGUGUGCGAUGAAAACAGAUAACUCCAGAUCUGUACAUCUGCAUUCACAGACUGAAGGAGGAUCAAGGAUGGAGAGAUUGUUUCUGUACCUCAUCGCUGCUUCAGCCCUGUGUGAUGUCUUCUCUGUGGCUCAACACCACUACCUAGUUUUUAAUGAAACAAAGACCUGGACUGAGGCUCAGAGUUUCUGCAGAGAGAAGUAUGCUGAUCUGGCCACAGUGGACAACAUGGAGGACAUGAAUAUCCUGACCAGUCUGGCAGUUCCACAGAUGGCCUGGAUUGGACUGUACAACGAUGUGAACGGCUGGAAAUGGUUGAUGUCAGACACAAACUUCUACAAACAAGAUGAUGCUAACUUCAGAAACUGGAAAGUUGGAGAACCAAACAACUACAACGGCCAUGAGUCCUGUGUAAUCUUGAGCAGGGCUGACAAUGGUUUAUGGAACGAUGCACCCUGUGACUGGUUAGUGGAACCAAUGUGCUGUAAUGUGACAGGACUAAAUGUAACGUUUGUUUACAUCAACAAGUCUAUGAAUUGGUCUGAGGCUCUGAGGUUCUGCAGAGAACAUCACACAGACCUGGCCAGUGUGAGAAACAUGGAGGAGAACCAGAAGAUCAUGGAGCUCCUACCUCCAGGGAAAGGGGUCUGGAUCGGUCUUUAUAGAGACACUUGGAAAUGGGCUGAUGGAAGUAACUCCUCAUUCAGGAGCUGGCGAGAUUUAGAACCUAAUAAUUACCAAGGUCUAAAUGAGAGCUGUGCAGCAGCAUAUUUUGGAGACUCUGGAAAGUGGGAGGACAGGAAGUGUGAUGAAAAGAAAGCAUUCAUUUGUUAUGCUGUCCCAAUGAAAAAGUACCUGGUACAGCUGAAGAUACAGGAGAACUCAUCUCUCAAUCUGACAGAUCCUGUUGUGUUGGAGGAACUUCUGAGGGAGAGGAGUGGAUGGAGAGCCUAAACUGAGCUGGAAGAGACAGUCAAGUGGAAAGAUCUUCAACUAGAAGAUGCAGAACGAAGAGCACAAAGGCUAUCUUCACCCCAAGACUGCAAUUCUGUACUCGCUUUAUACUCAAUGAAUAUAUUUCUUUUGGCUCAUUUGCCAGCUAUUUGAUCAACAUGUGAACUUCUGUUUAUUUUACUCUGUGGUUUGAGCAUUAGGAUUAUGAAUUUUCUGCUUUAAACCUAGAGAACCUCCAAACGCCUCUGGACCCUCAUUUUAAGACCUGAAUUAAGCCUUUCUGAGGUUGCAGUAGCUUUCGGCAGUUUAGAAAUAAAGGUCUGAACCUCACUUAAGUAUAUGAGAAACAGUAUAUCCAAAAUGAAAAGUCAAAGAGGUCAAUUCAAUUCAAUUUUAUUUAUAUAGCCCAAUAUCACAAAGGAAAUUUGCCUCAUUGGGCUUCAUACCGAGGCCGUGAGCCAAAAGAAGAGCAAAGUAAAACCAAACUUCCAAGAAAUUAUUUUUUAUACCACUCUUUGUACGCAAAUGAUAAAUGGCGUAUACUUGUAUAGCGCUUUUCUACCUUCCUUGAAGGCCCAAAGCGCUUUACAGUCAUAGUCCCAUUCACACACACAUUCACACACUGGUAGCGGCUCCGCAGCCAAAAACUGGCGCCAAACUUCCACCAGAGGAAAUUUGGGGUUAAGCCUCUUGACACAUGGGUGGGCAAGGGAAUCAAACCCUCAGUGUUCUGAUCAGGAGUUGACCGCCCUACCGCUGGAUCAUGGCCACCAAAUGUCCAAGUGCUCCCACAUUGCUCUUCAUGGUUUUGGCCCAGUUUACUAAAAAGAGCUUUUAACUGUUCAUGGCCGUUCUAGAGUCUUCGUAGAGUCUAGAAACAAUGAGGGGACUUUUAUUUUUCCAUUGUCAGUCCUCACUUAUGGAAUAAUAUUCAUGUAGAACUGUGCAUGGCAUCUAACCUAAACAGUUUUAAAUUUCAGCUAAAAACGAACCUUUUUAAAAUGGAAUUAGUAAAUGGUGGCAUCUUUGUCUCGCUUACUUAUUUUAUUAAAUUCUUAUCAAACCGUUUUGGAUUUUAUUGCUUUUUGUAAUGUUAUGCUGGGUUUUUUGUUCUUAAUUAUCUCAAUUUUACUUUUUCUUAUUAUCUCCCUUUAUUGUUAAGCACUUCAGCUCACUUAUGCUGUUAACUGCAAUAGAAAUAAAGUUUCAUUAAUUCAUUCAUUGUUGUUUACUUGACCCAUUGUGGACAACUAGAUUCAUUACGUCUUCAGUUUUUUCAUCUGAGCUGCCACCUGGCUCAAAACUGUACGGCUGCGUAGCUCUGAUAUUGCUUGCUCUUUUUUUUUUUUUUUUUUAGCUUGCGUUUGUGAGGUACUAUAAACCAGCGCAGGGGUCUGCAACCUUCAACAAUUAAAGAGCCGUUCAAGUUUAAUUCUUACCACAAAGUUUGGCUUUGCGCUUUAGAAGAUGUGAACACUACUGUGUAUUUAUGUUAUUGUUACAAUUCUGAUACUUAUAAAUGAACUGUUGUUUUUUGGUUUAAAAUAAAACAAAGAAAAAAGCAUUUUUUUAUAUGAAAAAAUUCUUCACUUUUGACAGAGGUUCUGUCAGAAGACCAAACCACUGUCCACACAAGAUGUCAAAAAUGUCCGUCAAAAUGUUUUAGUUCAAUUUAUGAUACGUACUGUCUAAAUGAAUGAGUUCAAUAAAGCUUGAGUCACUUUA